AUGCCUUCUAGGAAUAUCCGUACUUGGAAUGCCUAUAUAGGUGGCCUAGCAAUAAAUGGACUUGGGAGGGAAGCAUUGAAGCUAUUUAAAGAUUUGAUAGUGUCAGGUGCAAAGCCUAAUGAAGUGACAUUUCUUGCUGUUUUAACAGCUUGCUGCCAUUCUGGCUUGGUCAGCGAAGGCCGAAAGUAUUUCAAUGAGAUGUCAAGUCCCCUCUACAACCUUUCUUCCUGGUUAGAACACUACGGCUGCAUGGUUGAUUUACUCUGCAGAGCUGGACUGGUGGAGGAAGCUGUGGAGUUGAUAAAGACAAUGCCCAUGUCCCCUGAUGUGCAGAUCAUAGGAGCGCUUUUGAGUGCCUGUAAUACAUAUGGGAAUGUUGGAUUCACCCAAGAAAUCUUGAAAUCACUGCAGAAUUUUGAAUUUCAAGAUAGUGGCAUAUACGUGCUUCUUUCUAAUCUGUAUGCCUCUAACAAGAAAUGGGCUGACGUGAGAAAUGUUAGGAGACUGAUGAAGCAGAAAGGAAUAAGCAAGGCUCCUGGGUCUAGCAUUAUAAGGGUGGAUGGUAAGAGUCAUGAAUUUUUAGUUGGAGACAGUAAUCAUCCUCAAAGUGAGGAUAUUUACGUACUAUUGGACAUCCUUGCCAAUCAAAUAUACUCUGAGGGGCAUAUUAAUACCCUCUGCUAA